CAACCCGCCCUCUUUCCUCUUUUUUCGUCUGUCUGCGACCUCGUUGGUUUACCAUUCUAGGGUUUAUUCGCUACGCAGCUACGAAAGGUUCCGCAUUUUAAAUUCAAAUUGUGAUGCUCCCCUCCGUUUUGAUUGCAUUUUUUAUUUUUCUUAAUAUUGGCCCUUUCAAUCAUUGAAAAUUCCGCCUAAAAGGAAAAAACGAUCCAUCCCCAAUAUUGGGUUUUAUUCUCACCUGUACAAUUACUACCCAAAGGGCUUAGGGGCGGCUCUCCGCCGGGAGCCGUUCGACUUUAACGCGGAGCCACCUUGGGAUCCUAGCUGAUAGUGGGGGAUCUCCAUCUCCCUACUCGUCUAUUUUGUUGCAUACUAGGACCCUGGGGCUCAGAGAAAGACCACGAGGCCAUUUUUUGACUGGCAGAUUAGCAGGCAACCGUUGAGAUGAAGGGACUAGUUGAUGAGCCAAACUACUCUGUUGCCCUGCUGGAGGGAGCCACAUCCUUCAGUGACGUGGUUGACAACUAUAUUUCUGAACAAACACUGGUAGAAAAGAAUGCAUUCUUCGUGGCAGACUUGGGGGUCAUCAAGAGGCAGCACGUUCGCUGGCGAACCCAUAUGCCCCUGAUGCGACCCUUCUAUGCUGUCCAAGCCAACAGCAGCCCGGCUGUAAUUGAAAUUCUAGCUGCUCUGGGUACUGGCUUCAUCUGUACCAACAAGUGUGAAUUGGAGCUUGUGCGGGGCUAUGGUGUAUCCUCUGAAGACAUUGUCUACAGUGGUGUGUGUAAGCAGAUUUCCCAAAUCAAGUACGCAGCCAAAAAUGGAAUUGACUUCCUGGUGUGUGACAAUGAGACCGAGCUACGCAAGAUCGCUCGAUGCCACCCCCGUGCCAAACUGCUGCUGCAGGUGUUCACAGAGGCCUCUGGUGAGGGGAAGGAGAUGGGCAUGGCAUUUGGCUCCAAGCUGAAAGACUGCAGACACCUGCUGGAGAGUGCCAUGGAGCUGGGCAUGGAAGUGGUGGGGGUCAGAUUCCACAUUCCCUGCUCCUGUGACGACCCCCAGGCCUACAACCAUGCAGUGUCUGACGCCCGCUGUGUUUUCGACAUGGGGGAGGAUAUUGGCUUCAGUAUGACCAUCCUGGAUAUUGGAGGUGGAUUCAGUGGCUCCGAGACUCAGCUGAAACAGAUUAACGGAGCAGUUCGGCCUUUGCUGGAACUGUACUUCCCUGCCUCGUCUGGUGUCUCCAUCAUGGCUGAGCCUGGCAGUUAUUAUGUAUCCUCCUCCUUCACCCUGGCUGUCAACAUCAUCGAAAAACAAGUAGUCUCCCCGGACCGUCACGUUGAUCAGUUACACGAUGGCCCAUCUCCCAACCAUGAGCCAGAGUUCCUGUACUACAUGAACAAUGGAGUGUAUGGCUCAUUUGCCAGCAAGCUAGCUGAUAAUGUAAUUCCAGCCCCAGCUGUGCACAAGAGCGUUAGGUCUGAGGAUCCAGUGUUUGCCAGUAGUCUCUGGGGUCCGUCAGGUGAUGAACUGGACUUGGUGGUGGAUUGUUGUCUGCUCCCAGAGCUGAGUGUGGGAGACUGGCUUAUCUUCAGCAAUGCUGGGGCCUAUAGCCUGGGUUCUCAGGCCACCUUUGCAGAUAUAUCCAGACCCCCCGUCUACUACACCAUCUCUUCUACAGACUGGUUUGAGAUGCAGGAUGCUGGUAUCACCCAGGACAUCAACAUGAAAAACUUCUCCCUGGUUCCCUACUUCCUACACUCCGGCCAAUCAGACAAAGCCCCGUCAGUCCCAGCUUAGGGCUGCUAAACCAUUCCCUGUCUCUGCUGACCUCAGGUCAACAUUCCAAUGGGAGGAAAAUACUGCAAGGGGCUUGCUGACAGAGCUUUGCAUAAUCCGUUUAAUAAGAAAUUGAAUAUAUGUUGUUUAACUGGGACCAGACUACAUGGUUGAGGACAGCCCUACACAAUAUAUUGUUGAAUGACACUCGAGGAGUAGCCACAGGUAUUCUUUGCUUAUCACAUUCAGAGACAAAGUAUGCAACAAAAUGGAUGAGUCUAUAGGGAUGGAGCCCACAUCUCUGAGUGCUGUAACAGUUUACAAAUGCAUGCGUAUAUACAUAUAUACAGUACCAGUCAAACUUUGGAAACUUUCAAGAUAAUUCUUUGUUUUGACUAUUUUAGAGUAAUAAAGACAAACUAUGAAAUUAUACAUGUAGUAACCAAAAUAGUGUUCAACAAAUAAAAAUAGUUACUUUUUAGAUUCUUCAAAGUAGCCACCCUUUGCCUUGAUAGCUUUGCCCACUCUUGGCGUUCUAUGAACCAGCAUCAUGAUCUAGUCACCUGGAAUGCUUUUCCAAUAGUACUGAUUGAGUUCCCACAUAUGCUGAGCACUUGUUGGCUAUUGUUCUUCACUCUGUGGUCAAACUCAUCCCAAACCAUCUCAGUUGGGUUGAGUGUCUGUGGAGCCCAGGUCUGAAGCUGUAUCAUCACACUCCUUGGUCAAACAGGCCUACACAGCCUGGUGAUCUGUUCUGGGUCAUUUGUAGUUUUGCGACUGAAAUUCAGGAAAUGUUCCAGAUUGACUGACUUUCAUGUCUCAGAGUAAUAGUUAACUGUUGUUUCUCUUUGCUUGUUUGAGCUGUUCUUGCCAUAUUAUGGACAACUACAGUACAGACAUUAUGAUGGUCUUCUGUAUACCCACCCUACCUCGUCA